UGCAUCCCUACUGCUUAACGACUGUAACGCCCACAUCCUGCCUGAUGAGCAAUUGCCAAUUAUUAAUUUUUUUAUUUUUUUAUUUUUUUUCCCUUCAGAGCACAGCAGUGGUAAGAACUGCUUCCAGGUCUGGGUGGACACGAACCUGAACAGAGCCUGAAGGCGUUAAAGCCAAGCUGACCAACAAAACUUUUAAAAUAUGACUACAGUGAGGAUUUUAGCUCCACGAUGCUGCCAUGCCGGGAUGUGACAGGCUUCCUACCCAGGUCUGGAAGGUGCUCAAUGAUGUUAGCAGCAAACAUAAACCCCGAUGAGGAGCAGCAUGAGCCAUGGAGGGACCCACCCCAGAGCCCGCAUAUGUUGAUGUGGACAAGGGACUGACACUAGCAUGUUUUGUCUUCCUCUGCCUUUUCUUGAUUGUGAUGAUAAUUCGCUGUGCAAAAGUCAUCAUGGACCCUUACAGUGCUAUCCCCACAUCCACAUGGGAGGAGCAGCACCUGGAUGACUGAAGGGGCUUGGCUACACAGAGCCAUAAGAUGCUGCAAUCUAGGAGGACUCUUCCUAUCAGGAAAGCAAGCAGGAACGGCCAUUUUGAGAUAUGCAGGAUGAUGGCAAUAUAUUUAAGAGCCAAUAGCUCAUAUGAUUACUGCUCAAUACACCAGGACAUCAGCAAGCCAUUCUGGAAGCACAAUAAUACUAUGCAGCAACCCUCAUCUUAAUGAAGAUGGUCAUCACAUAACUCAGUAGCACAACAUCCUCUAGACUUUUCCUACAGCUGUAGCACAGUUUGCCCUCUCAGCGUCUCCCGCAAAUUCAGGGCUUUAGUCAGAAAUUGCAAUUUGAUAAAGCAAUAAGAAUGUCUUCCCUGAAUACAAGAUUGCUUCAAAUACCUU